UCGGACAUUGUGAAUCACUUAUUACUUAGCGAGUGGAUUUACCAAUUUUCGAUUGAUUCCUUGAAAGUAGCGCUGCCUAUCAAGAUCACCAUAACCACGCAAGUCAAUUAUCAAAUCAUUGAUACCUAUACACAUCCAUAAGAUGUCGAUCGAACACCAGGGGGCCAAAGUCAAGACGACUUUACCAACUCGACCAUUCCCACCCAAUGCGGAGAGAGAACAUAUUCGCACGGAGCGAUUGAUCAUUCGGCCAUUCACAGAAGAUGAUCUUGACGGGAUAUACUCAUUGCGAACUCAACCAGAGGUCAUGAUUUUCACUAUGGUUGGGCGAAUUGAUGCUGACAAGGAAGCGACACGAGCAUACUUGUCUCGUUUUCUACCACCUAAUGAUUUGAAGACUUACAACAAUGUAAUCUGCCUUGCAUCAACGGGCGAAUUGAUCGGAUGUGGAGGGGCGCCAAGUGACUCCACUAAUGGUUGGCCUACGUUCGGCUGGCCUGAAAUCGGAUAUAUAUUUAAAUUGGAACAUUGGGGCAAAGGUUAUGCUACCGAAUUCCUAAGAGCAUGGUUGGAUCAAUGGUGGUCGCUACCACGAUCCGAAGUUGAGGUAAAGGUUGACGCGCAAUCAGUGGAUGGAUCGGGAGAGGUGCCUGAGAUGGUCAUGGCAGUGAUUGAAGCUCACAAUAAAAGUAGUAGGCGUGUCCUAGAAAAAGCUGGGUUCCAGGAAUUCAGACGAUGGGUCGAUACCGAAGAAAAGAAUGGAAUUCCCGAGGAUGUGGAUCAUAUCGGAUUUGCGCUCUCAUCUACGAGCGGAACGGGUCAAAAGGGCUAGAUUCUGCGGUAGGCUUUAGUGGCAUUGUUUGAAGAUCCCCAAAUAGAUUGCCGAUUUGGGCUGGAGGCCAUGUAAUGUGCUCCAUUGUCCUUUUACCGAUGGGUCAAAUCGAGUGGUACGGAGCGGGCUAUGUUUACGACGAAGAAAUGGCGCAAUUCGUGUGACGGAAGACCAUGGAGCCAGGUUUAAUAUCUUCCAGGCGACAAUCUUGGCAUUGACAAAUCGUCUUGCUGAAAUCUAGACAUAUUCUUCGUUGUAAUUCCUAUUAUUCCUCUUGGUGAAUAUGGUGGAUGUAGGAGUAUUUGAUAAAUAUCAACGUCAUCCUGUAGGAUGUAAUCGGAAGAUAUUAUGGCAUCGAGCUAUGCAUGUCCAAUGGAUUUGAGUAUCUACCAAACCAACAAUUGGAAUGGUUGAGGGUUGAG